AUGAGCUCUCACAAUCUUGGCAUGGAGCCACCAACACAGGCCGCAGAUAGCGAGCCUGCACCUUCUCAUUCCAAAGAGCCGGACAUUAUGAAUGACCCUGCUUUCGAUCCAAAGUCAAGCCAAGAGAACAAAGCCGAAGAUGUCGAUACAUGCCGGAUAUGCCGGGGAGAGGGAUCCAAGGACGAGCAACUGUUCUAUCCCUGCAAAUGCAGUGGGAGUAUCAAAUACGUUCAUCAAAACUGCCUUGUCGAAUGGCUGUCUCACUCUCAGAAGAAGCACUGCGAACUUUGCAAAACUCCGUUCCGUUUCACGAAGCUCUAUGACGCCCACAUGCCGCAGUCAGUACCUUUGCUAGUCUUUCUCCGGCAAGCAGUCAUACACACCUCCAAAAGUGUUCUUAAGUGGGCAAGGCUUCAUCUCGUCGUUUUCGUAUGGGUCUUCUGGCUGCCUUGGUGCACACGAGCUGUUUGGAGAGGACUUUUCUGGCUCGGCGAUGGCGGCUGGAUUGAUUUAAGAAAACGAAAUAUUGAGCAACAGGCAACAAUUACGUUUCAAUCCGGAGCUACUGCCUCUAAGUCACCUGAAGCUCUUGCGACUGCACUUGUGUCAAAAAUCUCUGGCAGACUCUUGAGGCAAUGGAACCCUCUCACUGAAUUUCUAGAGGCUUACCAAGAUGGACCGCUUACCUUCCGUUUCAUCAGGAAGCUGUUCAAUACCUGGUACGGCCCAAUGCCAGCCAAUUCUCCAUCUUCUCCAGCUGCUGCAUUCUCGACCUAUCAAACUCCGCAACGCCCGCCGUCCCUGCUUUCAAACAUCACAUUCCUCAGAUCUUUGACUGGGUCAACAGUGCUUAAUGACAUCAUCGUUGACAUUCUAGAAGGCCAGCUGAUUACGAUCUUUGUGGUAGUAGUCUUCAUUGUAAUCUUUCUCAUUCGGGAAUGGGUCAUGCAGCAGCAACAAAAUAUACAAGGGGACCGUAGAGCCAAUCAAAAUGGAGAGCUACAACCAAGACCUGCGAUUCAAGGUCAACCUGCAGCAGCACCUCAGCCAGACGGCAACAUUCGUAAUCAGGCCUUGGCUAUACAAGGCGUGGAGGGCGAUCCGGCUGAGAUUAGGAGAGAUGUCCCACGGGACACGGCUAGGGUAUUUGCGAGACCCCGAGGCAGACUCCACCGCCGCGCUACGAAUCCAGAGGGACCAGGAGUAGUCGAUGAGACUGCAAAUACAAACACUCCAGCUACGAACAAUAUCUCCAGCUCUGGAGCCUCUGCUCAAGACCGUUCACAUGAUACAGCUCACUCGCCCAGUGAAACAGUCCAACGCCCGGCCAUUUUAGAUGGAGGCGUAAUGGAGCGUGCAAUGGAGCUGAGACGCACGUUAGAUGAGCCCGAUCAUGUAGAUACAAGCCAAAGCCGCUCAGAUAUACAGGUUUUCAAGGAUCUCUGGUUACAGGCGGACCAGGAGCCUCACGAGGUCUUGCGUAUCAUUGGGGACGAUAAUCGCAUGGAGGAGCUAGAUUGGAUUGUUAGGUUCAUGCGGUACCUUGACACAACAGGAUACAAACGUCCGGCUUCGACUGCUAGCAUCAGGUCUCUGCCAGAUGAACGAAGCAAGGACGUCUCCUCGCGGACGAAGCAAGAUGUUGUAGAUGUUGCGGAUUCUCUUGCACCUCCUGCCCCCUCACUAAGUCCAAACGUGGAUGGUCGCCAAGAUGCUGAAGUCCCGCGGUCAACUGAUAGCCUUCCACCUGUUGCUCUUUCUGUUUCAGGGACCCUGAAAGGAUCUGAUGCUCCCGAGUUCACUGUUCCUGAAGGUGAGGAAUCUACAAACUCUGUGCAACUACCGGAGGACGGUAUGCUAUCUUCGGCCAAUUCGCCACCUUCCAAUGAACCAGACUCCACACCUUCAAGGCCAAGCUAUACCGGAUCUUCAACAUCUACCGAGUCCUCAGCAAAUAACACAAAUGUAGGCAUUGCAAAUCCUACUGUGAACGACGGUGCGGGCGAGGAUACUCGCGUGUCCAAUGAAGGCGGUCCAUCGCCUCCUGACGCAACCCUGCCCAAUCAGCCUUUCUAUGAACGUCUCAUGGACUGGCUAUGGGGAGAGGCCGGAGACGUUGAGCACCAGGUUGACCCGCCAGCUGAAGAUGAAGAACGCGUAGUACUGAACGUUGCAGAGGAGGCGCCUUUUGUCCCUGCCGCCCGUCGACAGCAACCAAUAAUCGCAGAUCCGGACGCUAAUCAAGGUCAAGAUCCCGAUAUAGUGGCUGCAGCUAUAGAAGCUGGCGUGGACCCAAACCCAGCUGAAGGCCUAGAUGAAAUCGAAGAUUUGGAAGGGAUUAUGGAGCUUAUCGGGAUGCAAGGUCCGAUUCUAGGCUUGAUACAGAAUGGCAUGUUCUGCGCUUUGCUCGUGUGUCUGGCUAUUGGAGCCGCUGUAUGGGUUCCUUAUAUGUUCGGCAAGUUCUUUCUUACCGGCUUAGCUCAUCCAUUAUACGUGCUGCAGCAGCCACUUCGAGCCGCCUCCACAAGUGCAGACAUGCUUGUGGAUUUCUGCAUCUUUGUAACCUGCCUGUCCUAUUAUUGGAUGGACAGAGCUAUCAGCGUUAUGUCAAUCCCCAUUGGCUGGCUAUUGCCACCACUGAAGGGGUUGCUUGAGACCAAGAUUCUGGCUGAUACUGCUCGAAGCUAUGCGGAAAGGGCUCUUCAACGGCUAGCGCUCGCAUCCAUGGAGAGUAGCGAAUUUAUGGCUAAAGCCUUUGAUAUCCCUCAAAUAUCAGUACUAGCUCAUGAGUCCCUUCGCUUGCUUGAGAGACGCUCUACCGACAUCAUUAGCUGGACCUACAAAAUUUUCACCAGGAUUCUCGAGCGUUCGCUAUCAGUACGUGAUUACUCCGACGUCACAUCCGCCCUUGCGUCUGGAUAUAAAGGUCUUCAACAAACCUCCGGACAAGUCAUCAGUAAAAUGCUCACUCUUCCAGCGGCUACGCAAUCGCUCUUAAGAAUCAAUCCGCUCAAAUUCAACCUUGCAACCUCAUCCCGGGAAUUUCCCAUUGAUUUCAGACUGGCUACCUGGAAUGGAAGAGACAAAUUUGUUUCUAUUCUCUUCGGAUACCUCUUCUUCGGCCUGCUUGGUGCAACUUAUUUACGUGUUGCAGCAGCAAUCUGGGGGAAGAACAAGAAAGGGCGGGUCAACGGAGGGUUAGCGGACUUACUAUAUCAAGCUGGAGGUGUCAUGAAGGUUGUGCUUAUUAUCAGCAUUGAGAUGAUCGUUUUCCCACUCUAUUGUGGGCUUCUGCUCGAUGCCGCUCUCCUGCCACUAUUCGCGAACACUUCCAUCGGCUCACGUAUAAUCUUUCUGAGGGCUUCGCCAAACACGUCUCUAUUUAUCCACUGGUUCGUCGGAACUUGCUACAUGUUCCAUUUUGCGCUGUUCGUAUCAAUGUGCCGCAAAAUCAUGAGAAAUGGAGUGCUCUUCUUCAUUCGCGAUCCAGAUGAUCCGACAUUUCACCCGGUACGGGAUGUUCUGGAGCGGCCUAUAAUCACUCAACUAUGGAAGAUAUCGUUCAGCGCAGUAGUUUAUGGGGCCUUGGUCCUCGCAUGUCUUGGAGGUGUUGUGUGGGGCGUAGAUUAUGCCAUUGGCGGUCUCUUUCCAGUUCUUUGGUCGUCGAGUGAGCCGAUACUGGAAUUUCCGGUCGACAUCCUCUUCUAUAAUUUCCUAAUGCCGCUGGCAGUGAAAUUCUUCAGGCCUUCGACUGGCUUGACCAGUGUAUACAGCUGGUGGUUCGAAAAAUCUGCGAGGUGGCUUCGUCUAUCUCAUUUCCUACUUGGACACGGCAACCAAGACGAAGAAGGUCGACAUCCGCGUCAGACAUGGAAAGAAUGGCUACGAGGAGACCAGUGCCAAAUUUGCAAGACUCACGGAGAACUGUCGGACAACAAGGCUUUUGCGGUACUAAAUGAGAACUCCCAAAUCAAAGGCCACGAGAAAGGCGUUGACUUCAUACGUGAUGGGAUGCACGUAUUAGCUCCGUCGUCGGACCAAGUCAGGGUACCAAAGGAUUUCGCCACCUUCCACCCUUUCAGUGAUGAUGGCCAGACGGUCAUCAUUGAUGAAAAGCAACUUCCAUGGUAUGAACAGAAUGAGGAUUCAUUUACAAAAGUCUACAUACCACCGUUCUUCCGGCUCCGAAUUGCCGCGCUCAUCAGCCUUGUCUGGGCUUUUGCAGCCUUUACAGGCCUUUGCGUUACUGUCCUACCGCUCCUCCUUGGACGGUCCAUCUUAACACGAGUGGUUCCAGGACAUCUGCGCAUGAACGAUGUGUAUGCCUUUUCGAUCGGCAUCUACAUACUAGGAGGCUUGCUCUACGCUACACUUAAUUAUCAUCGCUUCAGAUCCUGCAUUCAAGCCCAUCUGACACCUCAUGCGACUAAUAUCAAAGCCUCUCUUCGAAAGUUAGGUCGUGUAUCGGUACGCUUUGUCAACAUCAUCUACACCCUCUCCGCCUUUGGAGUCCUGCUCCCUGCUCUCAUCUCCCUGUCUAUACAAUGCUACAUCAUUGUGCCACUCUACACUUAUAUCAUGACUCAUGCACUCGACGAGUUCGACGAGACACUUGAUUCAACAAUCGCAUUUCCAACAUCGAUCCCGGCCACCAUCUCUAGCUUCAAAGAAAUUACAGGCUCUCAGCCAUCACGAUCUCAACCAAUCAUCCACAUGAUCCAAGACUGGACGCUCGGAAUUCUCUACGUUAAAGUCCUUGGCCGUCUGAUCCUAUGGACCGCGCCAUCCCGUCCAGCAACAGCGCUCAGGAGCAUUGUGCGUGACGGUUGGCUCUAUCCUGACAUUCGACUUGCCACGCGUGGCUUUGUUCUCCCAACGACUCUUAUCCUAUUGGUCAUUCUUGGAGCACCGUUGCUCCUCGCAAAGCUCUCUUUACGAAUGGUCUUCACGGCUUCAGACGCAGAAGACCCGUUUUUCCGUUCUUUGAUAUACAGAUAUAGCUUUCCAACACUAAUGGGGGCAGCCUUAGCGACGGCGCUCCUCAUCGUAGUUAUGAAAGCGUUCGGGCGUUGGAGAAGGAGGGUCCGGGACGAGGUCUAUCUGAUUGGAGAGAGGUUGCAUAAUUAUGGUGAGGCGAGGCGGAAGAAGCAUUCGAAGAAACAGAGGGCGAAAGCGAAGGGUAAAGAGAAGGAAAUGGUCGAGCGACCGACUUCUGGUGCAGUGGCUGCCGAAAGACCUGGGCUUGAGAGGCGAGAGACUGCCUGA